AAUCAGCGGGUGACACGUAAACAGCUGUUGCCUGAAAUAUGUAGCUGCACUAGUCGCAGGCAUUUAAGUGGGAUAUGUGAAAACCUCAUUUUCACAGGCACAAUGGGUGUGUUCAGGUACUCCCCGCUGGAUUUCCUCUUCACUUGCAUGGGUCUGGUGUUCUUGUUGCUCGACAUUGGGCUGGACAUAUGGGCUGUUGUGACUUUCUACCAGGAAAUGGCCUACACAUGCCUCUGCAUCCUGCUGCUGUUUCUCUUGGGCUCGUCUAUUCUGGUCCAGGCCUUCAGCUUGCUCUGGUACAGCUACGAGGGCUUCGAGAGGGAAACAACGGUUGAGAAAUGGCUGAGCCAGAGACAGCUCAAGGCGCUCCAUGUGCUGCAGCUGGGAAUCUACAUCAGGCAUGCAGGUGUCGUGGAGAGUUCUCUUCGCAGCUUCUUCACAAAGCAGCAGGAACCCCAGGAUUUCGCCGUGUUCCUGAGCCACGAUCUCAGCAUGCUGCGGCUCAUUGAGACGUUUUCAGAGAGCUCCCCUCAGCUCGUCCUCAUGCUCACGAUCAUCCUGCAGCGGGGCCAGAUCGACCCCGUCACAGUGUUGAAGGCCUUCGGCUCGGCCUCUGCCAUCGCCUUCAGCGUCACCAUGUACCACCGCUCCCUGCGCUCCUUCCUGCCCGACAAGAAGAUGCAGCGGGUGAACUCAUCGGUGGUCUACUUUUUCUGGAACCUGUUCCUCAUCUCGUCUCGCCUCACCGCCCUCGCCCUGUUCGCCUCCGUGCUGCCCUGCUUCAUCUUGGCCCACUUCCUUUGCUCUUGGCUGGUUCUGUUCUUCUUCGCCUGGCGAUCCCAGACCGACUUCAUGGACAGCCCUGGCGGAGAAUGGCUUUACCGAGCCACCGUGGGUCUCAUUUGGUAUUUCGACUGGUUCAGCGUGGUCGAAGGGAGGACGAGGUACAGGACGCUGCUCUAUCAUGGGUACAUACUGGCUGAUAAUUCCCUCCUCUGCAGUCUGUGGUGCUGGAAGAUGAGCACAGAGCCGCCUUAUUUUGAAAUUUCCCCCUUGUAUGCUAUAAUCACUGCUGUCAGUGUUGUUGCAGUUUACAUCCUUGGACUCUUAUUUAAAGUGAUGUACUAUCAGUGCUUCCAUCCAAACCUUUCCAAAGAGGAGCUGAAAGGGGACACAGGUGAAGAGUCACAAACUGGUCAGCCACCUAUUACAGGUGUGGACAGUAAGGACGAGACGGACAAAGACGUUUUGGACAGCAGUCUUUGGCUUACAGUGAGUGAGUGCACAGACACAGACGUUGUAGAUCGCAGCUGGAGAAGCCCUCCAGCACCCGACAUCAAACGCUGCAAUAAAAGAAUGAGGAAGCUGGCUGAGAACUUCUACUCCUGACCUGCAUCACUUGACAUCCACCAUGCGUGGAGGUUAGACAGAGACUGAGUCAUGCACCCUCUCAGUGGACCAGCCUGAAGAUCAUGAGGUCGUGUAGGAUAGAGGACUGUGACCUGAUCCCCGAUCAACCACAGCUGUAACCUCGUGAGAGACGACUUGGGUUCAAGUCUCACAAGCACUUUCCUCACUGUAUUAUCUGUCCGGUGCUGCUGUGUACCAAAGCACAUGAAGCUGGCAAUCAGUAUUUAAUAUGUUUUAAAAGGAUAAGUUCUGAUAUUAAAUGUGUACUUAAAUACUUUUAUGUACACUGACUGUUAUACCCGUGUAAAACAUGAAUGAUUUUAUUGGAGUUCUUUUAAAGAUAUUUAUAAUAUACUUUUGUUAUCAAUUUUAUGUAAAUGUACUUUUUUAG